GAAUCCUUUACCCGCGUGCGCUCUCGCGCCGUGUUUUGCGCAAAACACUACAAAUUACAGUGGAAAUGGAGACGUUUAGCAGGCUUCUUUUGGAAUAUCCUGAAUUAUUGUAUAGUGGAGUCGGAGCAACGGCUUUCGUCACAGGUGGAGCGCUGAUUUAUAAGAUUGCCACCAGGAAGAAGCCCACCCAUGCAAAUGUAAACUGCUGGUUCUGUAACCAGAACACAGUUGUUCCUUAUGGAAACAGGAACUGCUGGGAUUGUCCAAACUGUGACCAGUACAAUGGCUUUCAGGAGAAUGGGGAUUACAACAAACCGAUCCCGGCUCAGUACAUGGAACACCUGAAUCAUGGCGUCUCUGGAAGCCCUCCCUCACCUGAGCCACCUAAGACUCUGCAGUGGGUCAACUGUCAGAUGCUGCUUUGCAGGAAGUGCAAUAAUAACCAGUCUACAAAGAUCAAGCAGCUGGCUUCAUAUUUGCCGAGGGAUGACGAGAACUACGACGAGGAAAUUGAAGCCUACAAGCACCACCUGGAGCAGACGUAUAAGCUAUGCAGACCUUGUCAGACGGCCGUAGAAUAUUAUAUUAAGUAUCAAAACCGCCAGCUUCGUACGGUGCUCUUAAACCAUCAGCUUCGGCGCACCCGAGAAUCGAACACGGGGUUUGUAAAGAGCUCCCCGGCUCCGUCCUCCCCCUUGGGCGUCAUACUCUUAAGGAUCCUGGCCUUCCUGGUUUGCGCUUUCCUACUCGCUACGUCUUUCUAUAAAUUGCCAGCACAGACCGUUUCGCCAAGCGAACCGCAGACGUUAAGCGGGGGCGUCAUCCCCCCAAGGCCCACGUCUCCCAACGGGUCCCACUCCAACAACGGCAGCGGUGGAGCCGUGCCCGUCUGGCAGGGCGUGCUGGAGCUGCUCCCGGACCAGGCCGUGGAAAACGCCAAGCUGGUGUGGCAGCGUGGCCGAGACAACCAGCUGGUGAUGGUCUCUGCCGGCCUGCUGACAUGUCUGACAGCCAUCUUCUUAGCAGGGCCCGUUAGGUUGAGGAGAAUUGACGCGGUGGCCUCUGUCCUGUGGUUCCUCAUCCUGUGCCUCUAUCUGGCGGAGGGUUACCUCCCCGAUGCGCCGGGCUGGAUGGACACAGCUAAGCUGGUCGCCGUCUCCCUCUGCUGCCUCGUCAGCUUUGCUGCCGCAGCCGCCACUCGCAAGCCGCCGGCUCCCCGCAGAGGCAGAUAUCGAAGAUACCUUGCAGGCAGCGCAGAAGUCCCACCGUUCAGCAUCCAGCCGCCUUUUCUGGCUCCUGACCCGGACACGUUCAUCCCCUCCCCGCCCCCCAACCUCUCCCAGCUCAUCAACCGUCAGCACGGUCCUCGUGAGCGCAAGGCUUCCCCUUCCUCGCUGCCCGGGCGCCUCAACCGAGCCCUGUGCCUAGGAACGAUCCCGCCCCUCACCAGGACCGACUCUGGUUACCUGUUCAGUGGCAGCAAACCGGCCUCGCUGUAUAACAACUCGCCAUCCUCAGAUUACUUCUCUCUGAAGUCAGGCAGCCGGCCGUCGUCCCCGGGCCCCUCCCCGACUCCCUCGGUGGCCGGCUCGGUGACGUCCAGCUCAGGUUCCGCCAGACAGCGGCGUCCCCUCAUCAGUCCCGCUCGCCUCAACUUCAGCACCCAGAAACCGCGGCUCUUCUCCCCGGAGCCUGAACCCCUGCACGCGUCCCCGCCCCUGUCCCCGUCUCAUUUCAGCCCCGAGCCAGCCUCCUCCAUUUACAGCAGCUGCUUCCACCGCGACAUAUCUCCUUUCCAAAGCCAAAACGAUCUGAGCUCACUAAUUAGAGAUGGCAGUGUGAUUGAAGAAGAGAAACGAAGCAGCUCCUCGGAGUCCUCUGCCUGUCAGGUUGGCACCACGACGCAGAGCCCAGAGGGCACGCCUCCCCCGACGGGUUUGGGGAAACGCCUCCUCUGGCCGGGCCUUCUGCUGGCCAGCCUGACGGCCAACCUGCUGUUCGCCGGCCUCUACAUGUAUCGCAACUGGAGAUGAAGCGCCCGCCGGCCCACCGCUGUGUCCCCGUAACCCCCGUACGGCACUGAGCGAGCCUCAGGACUCCCGUGGACCUCCUUCACUCUGCAGAGAUGGAAAACCUCCCCUUCUGGUCAUUCCUCAUGUUUUACUGGUGCUAGUUGAAAAUACAGAUGUCCGCUAACACGUUUUCCAGGCUAAACCGACCUCCUCUUUCAUAGUGUUGCAAAAAAAAAGAAAAAGCGGAAGGUAAAAUCAAAGUACGACUUUGGAUACAGGUCACUUACCUUUUGAUUUGGCUUUUUGGUCACUGAUUUAAGGAGCUCAAGUCGAGCUCUGAACCUUGAAGGCGUUUGGAAACCCAUGCUGUAAAAUGUGCGACAAGCGCUGUGUCGUUUUGUCAAUGCUGCUCGGGCACUGGGUCCCCUCAUGUUCUCAGUGUGUUCUCUCCCCCCAACAGUAGUUUAUUUUUGUUUUUGUUUUUUUACUGUAACCAAAAAGGAGACGCCAUUCUUCUUUCAUUUUUGCAUUUGGUCAAAUUCCGUUUUCAUUUAAAUGUCUACAAGAGCUCCAACCAAAUAUCUGUCUCACAUGGUCACAGUUGUGAAAGGAUUGACUGGAGCCCCCUGCCACAAAAAAUAUUUUUUUAUGCUCACUGUGUGCACAAAUGGUGUAUUUUAGCCAAGCCAUCUCGCCGAUUUUUCUUUUGGGAUGCAUCGCGGCGAACUUAUUACAACGAUGUAAAAAGAAUCUCAGCCUGAUUUCGGCUCUUAGUGCAUUGCUUGUCCACAGGUUGGUAGUGCUCACACUGUCUUUCUGAAUGGUGUCUGUUGUGUUUUGACGAAUUGAUCUGAAAGUUUGGUUAUUGUUUGUAUGCGUGUGCCGAACGUGGCAUUUACAGGAGCUGUAUAUUUUGUGUUUUUGCCAGCUGUGUAUGAACAGGAUGAAUUUAUUUAAGAACGUGUAUUAAAAAAUAUUAUGGAUUAACCACAUUUAGUUUUUUGUUUAAAGAAGACUAAUUUUGCGUUGUGUGGGUGAUUACAGUGCUGUGAGCUGGUUUCUAAAACGCAUGCUAAUAUGAUUUUUUUUCUUUUUUCUUUGAAAUUGUCAAACUUUUGAGCCAAAGUUUGUAGAAAAUGAAACAAACGUCAAUUAAAUUAACAGAAAUUUCUUACCGAAGACCUCUAAGACUGUCCAGUGAUGGGUGUACAGACAGUGUCUUUGGCAGCCUUUCCAAAAGCCCUACUGUAUGCAUUUGUACUGACUUUCUCCCUCGCAGGCUUUGUUGAUCGAGACACAAACAUGUUGAAAUGGAAAUGUUUUUUCAGCCGAGCAAAAAACGUCUUGAGAUUGAAGUCUUUUGAGAGGUAAUUGUUUUUCAGUUUUUAUAUGAAAUGUAUUUAGAGUGUAUUGUGCAUUCUUUGUUGAAAAUAAUCAUGUUGUUUUUGGACUGGACGAACGGGAGUCGUUUUUACUGUUUACACUACAGUGAUUGUUUGAAGAGUCGGUAUGCUGCUGCAGACUGCGAAACAGAUCUGUUUGGGAUUGUAUGCACAUUGGCUUCAUCAGCCAAGCUUUUUAAUAAAGUGUUUCUUUGUUCCCC